GUAAACAAUGCGACCCUUCCAGAGCGUCCGCUCGUGUAAACGUUUAAUAAGUCCCUCAUGCACAUCUGCGCGUUUACAUCACGCACGGCAUCACUGUUCAGCUGAUAGAUGAUGCAUGCUUGCCUCACGGGAUGAGAUUUAAAGGAGUGUAGCUCAAGCGCGACCGGUGGCACGAUCUGUGCAGCCCCACUUCAUGUCGCAGGUUUUUGAUCCUUAACAAUGCAAAGGCGCUUGAUGCUGUCAGUUUAACUGCCGCCAUGACGUCAUGCCGUGGUUCAUCAACGGAACGGAAGUAGCCGUAGCAGCAGAAGCAUGGACGCUGUCCUGAGCAGGUUGAAAGGUCUCACUGCUGAUCAGUUGAGGGAGGAGAUCAUUAAAGCCAACUUGAAAUGUGGCCCCAUCACUGCCACGACAAGAGCCAUAUUUGAGCGUAAGCUCGCCAGGACUCUGGUGGAGAAUGCUGGACUUACUGAGCCCAACAACAGCGGUGGUAAUAGUGCCUCGUUGAACAGCUCUGGUAGUGAAGUGCCACCCAGUGCCACAUCAGCAACCUCAGAUUCGGUCACAGGCGAGGAUGGGGAUUUUGGGUACGGCAUGGGCCUUAACCCACCUGAGGAGGAGGCUCUGAGUGGAACGGUGUGCCCGUGUAAUGUGGAGAAUUCACAGUCGGAGACACAGACACCCUCUAAAACUGCACAGGUGUCGCCCACCUUUUUCUACGGAGUGUGUCCGUUGUGGGAGGAUGUACUUGCUAGGAAUGAGAGAGCCCAUGUGUACACAGAAAAGAAAGAGGCUUUGCAGGCUGUUAAAAUGAUGAAGGGGGCUCGGUUUAAAGCUUUCUCCAAUCGUGAGGAUGCUGAAAAGUUUGCCAAAGGCAUAUGUGACUACUAUCCUUCGCCUAGUAAAAGCACUCCCUGUGUUUCUCCUGUCAAACCUGGCCUGGUGUUUAGCAAAGACCACCCGUCUAUGAUGGAGGCAGACACAAUCAACAGGGAGAAGGCAAACAGUUUUAAGAGCCCUCGGACUCAAGAUUUGACGGCCAAACUAAGGAAGGCUGUGGAGAAGGGAGAUGAGAUGGCCUUUACUGAGCUGGUCUGGAGUAACCCUCGUUACCUCAUCGGGUCAGGGGACAACCCUACUGUAGUCCAGGAGGGCUGCAGGUAUAAUGUGAUGCAUGUGGCUGCUAAGGAGAACCAGGCAGGCAUUGUUCAGAUCCAGCUGGACACUCUUGAGAACCCAGAUUUCAUGCGGCUUAUGUACCCAGAUGACCAGGAGAGCAUGCUGCAGAAACGCAUCCGGUAUAUCGUAGACUUGUACCUCAAUACGCCAGAUAAAGCUGGAUUUGAGACACCUCUCCACUUUGCAUGUAAGUUUGGCUGUCCAGAGGUGGUGAACAUACUCUGUUCUCAUCCAGACAUCGACAAGAACUGCAAGAACAAGUACAACCAGAAACCCUCUGAGGUCAUUUGUGAUAGAAUGAAAGAAAAGGGUAAAGUUCAGGAGGUCAAACGGAAGAUAAAUGAAUAUUUAGAAGAUCGAUUGUACAUCCCCUUAUUGAGAGCCACCGAUAACUCCUCCCAGCCUGUGAUUGGUGCACCUUGGUCCCCUGAGCCAAUGGAAAACCAGUCACUACGGUUACCCAGAAGCCCAAAGGAUCCAGUUAUGGCAGUCCGGGCCUUUGCUGGACCUUUAAAUCCAUCUAAAGCGGAUGAGUUCAGACGAGCAUGGAAGACUCCUCCCAGAGAACGGGCAGACCAUUUCCACAACAUCCUGAAGUCUGACCCAGACCGUGGAGCUGAAAGAGUUGGCAGAGAUCUGGCCCAUGAGCUCGGUCACGCUUGGGCAGAGUACUGGGAUUUCCUGGAUAGUUUUCUGGACCUGCAGUCAACCGAAGGCCUGAAAAUGCUUGAAGAAUACCUUAGUAAAAAAGACUUCAGGGAGGCUGGAGAAAAUGAAACCAGAAACCGGUUUAAAACCCCAUCUCCAGGCAAACUGAAGAAGUUCUGUAACUCCAUCUCCGUGGGGGCAUUUUUGGAUGAGGGUGAUGAUAUCAGCCUGGAGGAGAUCAAGAACAGGCAGAACGCUGCCCUCACAAGUAUUUCUUCUGUGUGCUCCAAAGAUGGCCUGCAGGGGGCGGUAGGGGGGCUUGAGUUUCACAUCCUACCAGUUUCCCACAGCGCUGACCUCAUAGAGGUGGCUGCGGAGCAGGAUCUACUGCUCUCCAGCAGUAAAAAUGGCCUGUGUGAGCAGGGCCCCGGGGACAGGACUCCAAACGGGGACAAAAUGUCCCCUCGCAUCUGCAGUUCAUCAAAUUCCUGCAUUUUGUCGCCAAUCUCAAACCUAAUGGCUCAGUUUGAGAGGAUGUCUCUGCUGGAUGAGCCAGACAGGACAAACAGGGAGAGAAGAAGAAGUGGAGGGAAACGUCACAGAGACGCUCAGGCCACAGAGCUCACCUCCGGACUGGGCCGCCUCUCGUUGUCCUCGGAAGAUGACUCUGUGUUUGAUAAAGACAGGACGUCAGUGUUACGAGCAGCAGAGAAUGAUGGAUUGCAGAGAAAAAUUGAAGUAGAUGCGAGAUCCAGUGCAAGUUCAGACGAGUACUUUCUGGCCAAUGAGAGGUUAGAAUCUAUGAACCAACGAACUGUAGAGACUCCAGGAGGCGAGCGCACAAUCUGUGCCAGAUCAAAGUCCUGGGAUCAUGGGGGAAGAGACCUCAGCUCCUCAGGGUCUUCCAGCUCCUACAGAUCACUUGACAGUUCUCAGGACUUCAUACUGCGGACUCCUCCUAGAGUGACGAAAAGACUCUUCAUUGAAGGGGAUUCGCCCACCAAGUUGGACCGAGAGGUUUUGUUGGCUUUAGGUGGCACAGACAUUGACCCUCUGAAGUAUCCCAGCAUUGACAAAUGGAAGAGCACAAUUCAGGCAUACUCCCACUUAGAAAUGCAAAGCUGGCAGACUCCUGCAGUGAUCAAGAGCCAUUUCAGGGCUCACUCAGUCACCCCUGGCUCUCCAGUGAGCGGUUUGAUGUCCCCCGCGAGCCGCUUCAGCCCAGCUCGUCACAUGUGCUCACCGGACAUCUGCAGCCCCGGACGCUACAGCCCCGCUCAUUCAAACUACAGUCCUGUGAGCUACAUCCAGCGUAUCCGACUUAAACAUUUUGGUGACGCCCCCAUUUAACAAACGCUGUCCAUCCCAUCCAGCCCGUCGCCAAGGAGCACAGUGUCAUAACGGAAGCCAUGAAAUGCUCAAAUCGGGCUCCUAGUGCCGUGCAAACGGCAGAUAUAUAUAUAUAUAUAUUCGGCACUUCUGUGUAUGACACCAAGUGUGUUGAUCUGUGAUGGUCGUAUAGACUUUUUUCUAACCUUUCUGUUUUGUUCUUUCUUAUCUAUGUGUGUGUGUGUGUGUGUGUGUGUAUGCUUGGGAGAUUUAUCUGUGGAUUUACAAAACGGUGUCUUUAAUGGAAAUUAACAGUUUCCCACUUAACGCAGUCAUUUAAAUUGGGGGAAAAAAGAUGUCAGCAUAUAAACCCAGAUCUAAAUUAAAUAACGUAGUAGUAAAUUAUUGAAUUAUUUUUGCUAGUUAACUGAGUAGCACAAAACGCUCAUUUUAAUGGUUUUUAAUGUAAAAAAAAAGAAAGAAGUCAACUGACUGCCAGAAGUUAUUUUUAUUCUUUAAUUGGAGAACUGCCUUAAAUUUCUAAAAGAAAAUACCAACUUCUGAAUCUCAAAAGCAGGUGUUUAUUCAUGCUUUGUUAAUAGCAGCCUUAGGUGUUGGGGGAAAAAAGCAAGAGUUCUAUGUGAGAAUAUUCCCCUUUUUCAUUUUUAAGUUCAAUAAAUGUGAUUUAUCAUUUCUAAGUAUGCAUUUGUUUGCACUUUGAAUUCUUUUUGGAGUUUGACACAGUUCACCGUGAACAACAGAUGAGACUCGGUUUGUCGGAAAGACAUGAAUCUGCAUAGUUUGAGCCAUGCCACAUUCAAGCUAAUGCAAAUUUGAUGAUGGCAAGUCAGUCUUGUUACGUUAAUGUCAUGAUAGCUGUAAGACUUAAUGAUUGUGGAUCCGGAGUGUUGUAAGUGCACUUUAAAUGUGUUCAGAAAAAAUCAUUGUCCUUCAUCCCAUCAUAAAUAGCCAAUAUUUCAGUCUCACCGCUAGAUCAUGUCAAUGCGAUUCUCACUGGCUUCUGAAAUGGAUCCAUCUGCCAGAUUCUCCCCAUUUGUUUUGGAAUCUAAGCUACUUGACUAGAAGCAGAAAAGCUCCAGGUAGCUCAGUUUUAUGUGAUGAAUAUCUCAAGGAAUCGAGUCCAGAACAUCCUCUGUGGUACUUUCAGAUCAUGUGAUCUAUUUCUUUGGUGCCCAUCAUUCUCAGUGUAGUGCUGGCCUGUUGAUCUUUGCUUUGUAAAGCUUUAGUGCCUUUGAUUAUGAUCUGUUUGGAAGGGCCUGUGGCUCCUCCUCAGUGUAUGACAGAUGCACUGACCACAUACAAGCUGAAUAGACCUUUUUUUCUGUUUCCUAGUGUAAAAUGGAGUACAGUAGCAUUGGCAUAUGCAGUGUCUGAAUACCUCUUAAAUACGAUUGCAAGAGAAGAAAAAAAGGUUUACAGUUUGUUAUUGCUAGUGUUGUAUCAAUGCCAGCCUUACUUUUUGUUAAAUGAUGCUUUGUAGUGCCAACACUGGUGAAUGAGUUGUAGUUUAUUGUUGAGAAUUUACUUUUGUUGUCCAGGCCUUUACGUUGCAUGCAUUUCUAGUCCUAUUUUAUUACAGUACGCAUUAAAGGAAAGUAUUUGAUGUUCCAUUGACGAACGAUAAAUAAAGUGCACAGUCUUGUAACUUUACUGACU